CCAUUCUAAGCCGUUCUUAACCAUUCUGAACCGUUCCUUCUAUUGACUCGUGUUGGCCCGUUCUUCCAGGCGACCUUGCUAGUCGCGACACGAGGGUUGUUUACAAGAAGCCGGAUUACAUGUCGUGCUGGUUUGAUUAAGCCGUGCGGGGUAAGGUGUCACCUGUAAUUCCGUCUCGGUUCCAGUUCACCUGAGGAGGAACGCAAACCCCUCACCUGUAACCUCACCUGCCCACUCACCUAUGCCGCGAGGCCGGAGAAUAAAUAGCCGCACAAGGUAAGCCAUCCACCGAACGCGAGGUUAACAAGGCACACGUAAAUACACAAACAGCGCCGGGCACAAAGACUCCUGCUAUUCUUUACACCGGACGUGGUGUUGGUUCAGCCCGCCCGGCUCAUUCCUUUUGACACCUGCGGGUACCAGUACGAGAGUGGUAUAUAAGUUUUAUAAGCCCAAUUGGGAGCGGAGAAUGCGGUGACACCUGCUUUGGUACGAUGUGUGGUGUCAAGACGGAACGUCAUUCAACAUGAAGCCGUCUGGAGACUAAGACUUUGGUUCACGUAGUCGUAUGCAACAGCAAACGUUAGAGUGCGGUGAAAGGUCUCUGUUUCUCUUGAUAAAUGACUGUGCAAACACUCGUGUUCCAGAACCGACCCCGGGUUCCCAGUGGUAACGUCAGGCGGUUGGCGAUCGCACGUCCCCUGCGUGUUUUCUCAGCCCUACACGCCUGGGCUGCCACGAAAGUAGUUACAACCGCGCUCACGUUUCACCGUAAAGAAUCGCCAACUCUCCGCUCCACUGCUUACCGUUUAUCCUCGACAGUUUCAACCUUAUGGAGCCAGCGUGAAGACUUGUCGCUGACGGUCACGAGCUGCAGUUCUGCUAUACUGAAGUGCUACAUGUAAGCUAGGACAAGCGGAAGAAUACGGAAAGGCAACUUUAGCCGACGAUGCCCAGUUCUAGGACAUUUAAACGGUAAAGGUUGACCUUAAACAACACAGAGGAUGGACAAGAUGGAAGGCAGGCUGCAGUCGCAAACGUCUAGUGCCGGGACGUCGCGCGACAGUUCGUCGGAGCUCUACAGCGUCUUCGUCCGCCUUCCCAACGAAGACGUCGCGGGCUUCCGCAACCUCCCGCCGGGCAUCUCCGUGUACGACCUGAAGGCCAGAAUCGAGAUCGUUACGGGCAUUCCCAGCCAGAUCUACACCCUACACUACACAAAUGAUGUAGACUUGGAGGACGAGAACGAGCUGAGAAUAGGAAUGAGCAUCAUGAACGGCGCUACGUUACGUAUGCAGCUCUUCACGAGUUGGAACGGGCUGUUCUACUCCACAUGGAACGGGAACAUUGACGACACGUAUUACAGCGGAGGUGUACAACUCAUUAGUGAGGCUAACUUCAGCGAGGGGGAAGCGGUCGCCAUGCACAAUAUUGUGGCCAAGAGAGCCUUCGUUUCCCUUUUCCUGGCCUGCCACAGAGGACAUUACGUACUGUGUAAGGUUCUACUCUCCAUCGGUGCGGACCCAGUGGGUAGAACGCCUUCGGGCCGGACGCCUCUGCACGCCGCCGCGGCACAGGGACACCUGGACGUGUUAAACGCUCUUCUCGACCAGGGCGUCGACGUGGGCGCGCGGGACAUGUACGGCAAAACGCCGCUGGAGCUGUCUGGGCAGUUCGGCCGGCGGGAGUGCGAGCGGAGGCUGUGGCUGCACCAGUGGAACCUGCGAGCGGCUAAGACCAUCACAGACGUAGACACGGCAAGUCAUGGAUCGAGUGGACUAGAUACUAACUCAGGCUCGGCUUCAAGCAGCACAUUGGGCUUCAUUCACGUACAAGGUGAGAAACCCCGGCACGUCGUACGAAGGGUGUUUAGACCAUCUCCUCUGCAGGCACAUCACAUAGGGAGCGCCAAUGUCUGGUCAAACAGCCACGCACCACCGCACCAAGCACCGCAGAAGAGCGUCCAGCUACCGAGCAUGAGCGCGCCUGUGAAGGGUGUCCGGUACGGGCGCAUUCGUCCCGGCACGGCGCUCCUCGGAGACAAGUCGUUCCCCGAUGUUUGCCGAACGUCUACCCUCCACUCCCCUCGGGUGAGCGCCGGCAGCGAGGACGGUAAGAGGAAGUCCACAAACAGCGCAAGCAGGUCGACCUCCUCGUUGUACCACAAGCACUGUCAGACACACGCGUCGUACACUCCGGUCGAGAACUACGACCCUCAGGACGACUUCAACGUUGAUGACGAGGACAUCGAGCGGUUGAUCCACGUCGUGUCCCUGUCUCAGCCCUCUACACCUGUACCACCAGACGACACGGAUCUUGUAGCCAGGCAGAAACCACAGCAACAGCUCAGAAGACUGCGUACCGGGGAUAGCUCGCGCUGUUCGAGGUGUAGAAUACGCAACGAGACGAAGAAGCCAAGCAGCCCGCAGCGAGCGCCCAGUAGACACUUCGUGUACCCGGAAACGUUCUCCGUAGGUGCGAAGCAGCUUCACGUCAUGAUGCCUGAGAUGGAGUACGACGAGCGCCCUAUCACGAGGUGUCACUCCGUGCCGCCGCCUUCUCUCUGUAGCGACGAUGAAGCUGUUGACGCCGCCAUUGGUGACGACGACGACAUCCCCGACAUCGCGAAGCCUCCCGACGCAAACCAUAAACCCGAUAGCAUCAACAGUGAAGACAGUGGGAGGGACACUAUGGACAAGACAGAAACUGUUGACGACGAUGAAGAUACAAACGUCGACAAACCAACUGAAGAGGCAACGUCAAACUUUGUGAAACAGAGGGAGUACCAGGUCGACGUUGACAACAUCUCAGAAGAUCGGCCUGGUUCCAACACAAAAGGGACGCAGUGUUCAGACGAAGGUUUUUCAGCACCACAGACAGAUCCUGAUGCUGAAACCACCACCGACGACGUCCCCAAACUUCAGAUCAAUGGCGUGAAAUGGGAUGUAGAGAAACCUACUCUGAUGGUUGCUCAAAAUGAAACGCAAACUGAGAGAAAUGACUGCCGAGAGAACGCCCCAAAGCGUCAAGUUCGCCAGCGUUCUCUCUCAGCGGACGACAAGCUGUUUCUCCCAAGCAAGCCUGCUUCGGGCGUGCUCCCGCGAGCCAAGACGCUGGAGUCGUGGAUUCUGAUGAAGACUCGCCAAAAACAGGGGCGACGGGAGAGACCGGCGAAUGAAGAAAGGAGAAGGCGGAACGUGGAGGCCUAUCAAAGAUGGCUGAGAACGAAAGACCAGGAGAUACGCGAAGAUGUUACGGACCAGUCCUCAGAGCCGGCUAGCGGUGACACCAAGGAAAACCAAAACGCAUUUGAGCAAUGGUUAAAAGCUAAGAGACAGAAGGCUAAGAAAGAAAGAGAAUCAAGCGCAAAAUCGCCGCAGUCUAGCGGCUCCAACGAACCUAUCGAACGUCCAAAAAUCAUUGAUGGAAUGUCCCAUGAAGAGUGGCUGCGUCAAAAAGCUGAACAGGGAGCUUUUCCUACUCCUGAUUCACGAUUCGACACCAUUGAAGACGAUAAGACCGUACGGAAGAAAAUUUUCACCGGCGGUCUUUCCUACGAAGAGUGGCUAGCCAGAAAGCUACAAGAGGAAACGUUAACAAACAGGCUUCUAGAAGCCAACAAGGCUGAGCUUGAAAAGAAAGCCCGCGAACAAAGAAAAGGCAUUGUUGACAAGAACUUUCGCGAAUGGCUGAAGCACAAGGCAGAAGAGAAUCAGAAAGAGUACGAAAAAUUCGAGGCAGAGAGUCGAAAGGCACAAAGUAAGGAAAGCGAGCGUCGCUUCAGGAACAUGAAACGUGGAGUUACCUUCAGAAACUGGAGGGAACAGAAAGAGCAGGACAGAAUUGUGGAGUUUGUGGCCAUGGCGCAGCAAGAGCGGCAGGAGAGAGCGAAUGACGAGGAGCGAAAGAGAAAAAGUCAGAGGUCUUUCGAACUGUGGCUCGUUAGAAAGGCUCAGGAAAACUUGAACGAAGAAAAGAAGCGCUUGGAGAUGGAGAGACGCCGAUUUUUAAUGGCAGCAGCAAGGACUUGAGCGGCCAUACAGGGUAACUUAUAUUGUGUACAUAUGGAAUCUGAAUUGGCUAAGAAUUCAAUAGUUCCUCUUUUGCAUGUUGAAUCUGGUGUAAAAUAUCAAAUGCCUAUUUAUUGUAAAAAUAUGAUAACUGCAUUCUCGUUCACUCUUGUCAUACACUGUCAAAAUUGUAUGCAUAUUCAUAGGACUUGCACUAGACUUUCAUGUAAUUUUCUAUCCAUAUGUUAACAUAAUUUGCAAGGUGUUCAAAACACUUAUUAGAUUCAUUACCCCAACCCCUCCAAACAGAGGUCAAGUCAAGGUUUUUGCACAACAAUUCUGACGGGUACAAUGUGAAGCAAAGUGAUGUACAUAUGUACAUUAUAUAGACCGAGGAAGGAGAUCGAAGUUGACUCCUUGAAUGUGUAUAGGCUAUAAGAAAACAGGUACAAAAGGUUACAACCUAAACAAAGUAUGCCCUCAUCUAACUGAAAAUAUGCAUCCCCCACCCCCUCCGCCUUACUUCAUACCCACUGUUAAAAAAACUCAUACCGUACUGAUUGCAAUUGGAAGAAGAAAAUAAGCUGCAUACAAAACUUCUAUGAAUACUUUGUAUCAAGUACGUGUUAAAUAUGUGUAAAGACCUUUUAGGACUUUAAAUAAUGUAAACUGUACCUCUGUUAUAUAUAUUUUGUCUAUAUCCUUAUCUCUUCUCUCAUGACCUAAGUGAAAAGCGGCCUGUGGGCUGAUUUGAGCUUUCAUGGAUAAAGGUUCAAACAAAAACAAACAAACUUUAAUUAGGUUGGUAAAUCCCAGUGAUUACUCAACGUAAUGAAAGCAUUUACAGAAGUAUUGGUUGGUCAUUAGGUUGGUCAAUCGCUAGUAUUACAGUUCUUAAUACAUAAAUACCAGCUGCCUACCAAUGUUAUACAUAUACAUGUAGUAGUCUUUCAGCUACCUUCCUAACACCAGUGGAAACUAAAACCAGUCAGUAUAGCCCUAAGGAGGUUAGGAGAAGGAAAUUGGUAUUUUGUGUACAAAGGACCUUAAUACAGUGACCUGCCAACCUGAUGAAGCCAUUCACAGAAGUAAUGUAUACUGCUUAUUUUCAUGCUUCCAAUGUAAGUAGUGGGUAUGACCAGCGAAACAUUGGUAGGCAAUGGGUAUUUUGUGUGCAAAGAACUAAUCUACAACACUGUUUACCUAUCAUGCUGAUCAUACUGAAAGGAAAGUAAGAGACAUUUAUCACAAUACACUCUGUUCUUUGAUAUAUCCUCUUUACAAUUCAUAUAUACAUCUCUGAAUGAAGUACAUUAUAUAUACACAUCAAUUCAGAUAUCUGUUAAAGAGAGUAACUUCUGCAAUAAGACUGUUAUGAACAAUACUUGCUUACAGCAUAUGAAAUAGUGCUUUUCUGCAAGUUCAUCUUUUACAAUGCAUAACACAUUACAAUUUAAUAAACAUGAUGCAAGUU